AAUGUGGCAUGCCGCAGGUAUCGUCCCAAACAUUCUACACAGUCUAAAUUCUUCAUGACAUGGAUUAUACAAAAUGUUGGAAACCUUCCCUUAACAUUCUGGCUCAUGUUCAAAUUAUUGUCACAUAGGCUAAUUGAUCAUUUUUGAGGUGCACUUUCAUGCUGCGAAUCUCCCCUUCAAUCAAAUCACAAAGGUGCUCUAUUGGAUUCAAAUCUGAUGACUGAGGAAGCCACUGAAGAACACUGAACUCUAUCAUAUUCAUGGAACAAAUUUGAGCCACCUUUUGCUUUGUGACAUGGUGCAUUAUCAUGCUGGAAGUAGCCAUUAGAAGAUGGUAAAUUGUGGCCAUGAAGGGAUGCACAUGGUCAGCAACAUUACUCAAAUAGGCUGUGGCAGUCAAGCAAUGAUUGAUUAGUAUUAACAGGUACAAAGUGUGCCAAGAAAACAUUCCCCACACCAUUACACCACCUCCACCAGCCUGAACUGUUGACACAAGGCAGGUUGGGUUCAUGGAUUUAUACUGUUGGUGCCAAAAUCUGACCCUAACAUCUGUGUGCCUCAGAAGAAAUCGAGAUUAAUCAGACCAGGCUACAUUUUUCCAGUCUUCAACUGUCCAGUUUUGGUGAGCCUGUUCCGACUGCAGCCUCAGCUUUCUGUUCGUGGCUUUUAUUUUGAAAUCCAGUCAGGAAGUGGUGUGCUGUUUAGUGAAGUGUUGGCUACAGCAACCGCGCACCAAACGGAAAAGUGUUUUUUCUUUGAUUAAAAAAAAAAAAAAACAUUUUUUUUUUUUAGUUUGCUGCACGUUUUGGAUAACUAAAAGUUCAAAGUGAAAUUAAGGGAGAAAGCGUCAACCUGUGUAAAAAGAAAUAAACAAACAAACACUGCGCGUUAGAGUUUCUGGCGCCAAAUAAAGAGGUGUGCAGGCGGGAGCCAAUGUCGCGUACAAACUUUAUUUACAGCAACAUCCGCCAUUUCACUGUUACACUUUUAGCUUAAAAAGCUGAUUAGCACGCAAGGUACACUGCUUAUUUUCCUUAUGCACUGGAAGUGACUGGGCUCAGGGCUCCGAAGAGCAGAGGACGGCCGGAUGCAAAAAAAAUGGAGACCUUAUCGGCAAGUGUGUGGCCCCGUCUGGAGCCGUUCCUCCUGGGUGCGCUACAGGCCUCUCCUCCAAGCAAGCUGAGCAUGCACUACCUGCGCAAGAUGGCCUGCUACGUGCGCACACGUGAUGGCUGCUUCCCACGGCUGGGCUGGCAUAUGUGGCGGCACAUUGCCUGUGGCAAGCUGCAGUUGCCCGAGGAGCUGGCCUGGCUCUACUUUGAAACCUUUGACCUGCUGGAGCCACGCUCUGCUGAGAAGAAGCUUGAGUGGGCAGAGGCUCUGUCUCUGAGCCUGAACCCUCGUGAUCUCGACCGCCAGCGCAGCAAGCUGUCUGUGGACACGCUGCAGUUCCUGCUGUUUCUCUACCUGCAGCAGCUGAACCGCGUCUCUUUGCGCGUCUCUCUAAUUGGUGAAGAGUGGCCGAGUCCUCGAUCGCGCUCCUUGUCAUCCUCCUCUGAUAGGGAGGCCAAGAUCAGCUCCCAAAACAAGAAUUGGGAUGACCAGGCGCACCUUACCUUCGUGCAGACUCACCUGGCUGAACUGCUGGAGCUGUUGGCAGAUCCAGUCGAGCUGAGGGGUUCGGGUCAGGCCUCGCGAGACGGUAAACUCUCAGCCGAAGCCCUGCAGGCUCUCAGCGUGCUGCUGGAGGGCACGGCGAGCCGCGGCCGCACUAUCCAUCCUCUCCAUCGACUACUGAGCCGCAGCCCACUCCAGUCCAUGGCUGGAUACUCAAAGAUCAGCCGCUCCUACUCAGUGCAGCAGUUGCAGAGCUGGUUGAGCCAGGUGCUCACACUCAACCCGUUCGGCAUGUCCACCUGCCUGCGCUCGGGCAAGAAGCUGGCCUGGGCUCUGCAAGUGGAAGGUUCUAUGAAGAGAGCCAAGAUAGCCAGGAACACACACAUGGCCCCUCCAGGCAGCAGGGUGGUGCUGAUGUCCCAGGUUUACAAACAGACGCUGGCUAAAGACUCUGAGAAACUGGCUGGCGCGAACGUCAAACUGCACCGCUGCAGCGAGGCUUUUAUCUACCUACUUUCACCCCUUAGGUCAGUGACUCUAGAUAAAUGUCGAGACAGCACCGUUGUUCUGGGCCCAGUGGAGACCAGUGUGCACAUGCAGAGUUGCGAGAAUGUGCGGCUGGUGUGUGUGGCCGGACGCUUGGCGGUGGGUGGCUCCACCGACUGCACCGUUCAUGCUCUCACUCCCACUAGGCCACUUCUACUGCCUGGCAAUGCCAGCCUCACACUGGGGCCUUUCCACACACACUACCCCAGCCUAGAGGACCACAUGGCCAGUGUGGGUUUAGCGGUCGUCCCCAAUCUCUGGGAUCGGCCGCUGAUUUACGCCCCAGAUUGUCCCUCACCAGACCAGGCCUGCUACCGUGUCCUGCCCCCUGCACAGCUCUGCCCUAUGGUAGUACCGUUCCUCAUGGAGGGCGACACCUGUGAGGUGCCAGGGGGACUGCCGUCAGACUACCAGCAAGCUCUGGAGGAGCGUCAACAGAAGGUGCACGACUGGCAGAAGCUGGUGAAAGACACGCACCUUAACAAGGAGCAGCGGCGGCAGUUCCGGGCUCUGGUAGAGCAGAAGUUUCACGAGUGGCUCCUGGAGACGGGACACAGACAGGAGCUGGACAGCCUACUGCCUCCAACCAUCACGCCUUCAAACACCACGUGCCAGUCAAACUCCACCCACGGCUCUGAAUGUUCGCUACAGCAUCCAAAAGCUCACACCCCCACAGUCUCCUGAGGACAUGAACACUGUAACAGACACCGAUGCACUUAUUUUAUUUAGUGAGCUUUACAUCUGCGUAGCAUUUCUCUUGGCUGGGGCAGACAAGCUUUUAUCUGAGCAGGUCUUCUCAACCCAGAACUGAUCCAAGAUCGGCAGUUAGCGUAGCAGACUCAGGAUAUGAAUUUGAAACGGUAUGCUGAAAGUUGUCUUCAAAAUAUGAUACAGUAUAUGCCUUGUACUACUUACUACUGUUAGAGAAUUAUAUGCUGGAUACAUGCUGCAGAAUAUGCCUCAUUAUUAUAUAUUUUUCCCUUAAUCUGCGAGCGGCAUGGCUUUUUAGGGGUUUUUUCUUUUCAUUAGACGCAAGCUUUACAGUUAAGGUACUUGAGCGUUGCAAGUACCUCCGAGAGGACGACUGCCUUAUUCAUUUUCAUAUGGAAGAAUAGCACAGAACAGAGUCCUGCAUUCAUGUGUACAGUUUGAAAGUGUUUACUUUUAGAAUUGUUGUCUUCUUGAAGUUGUCCAGUUUACAGGAAGGAAAUACAUGCCUUUUGCUGGUAUGCAUUCAUUUUCUUAAAAUAAGAGUUAAAAUAAGGGAAAGCUUAUCUAAGCCAGAAUAUAUUUAGCACUCUUACUUGAUGCUCGAUAUCCAUUAGUACCAACUUCUCUAUUGGCAGCCAGUAUGACUGUGAAUGUAUUUAUUUAUUUUUUUUCCCCUGCUGUAGUCGUUGCACUUCCAGUUUCAUAACUUUCCCAGUAAGUGCUACUUAUUGUGUUCUCUAAGACCAGUGUCGCUCAGUUCUGGAGUUCAUCUGCCCUGUAUAUUCAUUUCACAGCCCCAAAGGGAAAGCACUAAAACAUGGAAAAGAAGGGAGUCCGCAACAGAAAACCGGGGAAGCAUUGCUCUAGAUUCAUUAUGAGAUUUAAUUUAUAUGACCUGUAUAUUCAAACCAACAUGAAAUACCAUAUUACUCUCUGGAUUCAUUUUUCUACUUCUGUAGGAACUCACUUUUGUCCGUCAUGUAUCUCGUCUCUUUUUCCAUUAUGAAUAAAGUGUAUGAAUAAAUCCAGAGGACCUGUUUUUACAAAGAGAGCACAGUCUGUUAAGUACAGUUUGGCAUUAUGUUUAGAUUAAGGGAAGAGAUUUUGUUUGACUACCAAUAAAAGAUGCUUUAUCUUUGCA